GCGCUCCGCCGACCACGGCGGAGCAGUACCCGUGUGAGGGGGGAUUCCGGUGGCCGGAGGAGGUGAGACAGGAGCCGGGAGCCCCAACUAGCGUCAACCCCCAACGGGUUGGAUCGUCCACCCCCUCCCGGCUCCCGCAUCUUUGCGGCGACGCGCGGCUCCUUUCCGGGCGGCGCGGCGCGUGCUUCUCACGCGACGCACUUGCGCACGAGUACCCCUGACCCCUGAAGGGCAGGAUCGCCGACGGCUGAGAGCCACCUAGCCGUCGACGAUUCCCAGGCCCAAGGCGCACCUCGCCGGUCGACGGCCGCCAUGGGCUUCGCGCGCGUGGAGCUGCGGUGCCCUAGGGCCCUCGACCCCCGGCCGAGCUGGACCCUCGGCGAUGUCCUCGCCGAGCUCGACUCGCUCGAGGCCACUCGCCGCAGUGCACAGCCAACGCCCCUCAAGCUGCCGCCAGAGUGGGCUAGCGUUGGCAGCGCGAGGGAGAAGGCCUUUGUGAUGCGGGUUGAAGAGGAAGAUGAAACGGAUGAGGAUGAUGAUGGUAGUGAUGGGAAGUCCCGGGCUCUUGUGGCCAAUGGAGCAAGGUUCUCAUGCAAUGAUCUCGAAUCCAGUGAUGUCGAAGAAUCGGAGGAUGAACUGGAUGGCAGGAUCGCACCAUAUCACCUGAUGGAGAAACGAAGCCUAGAGAAGAGCAUUCUGCUUGAGCUGGAACGUGAGCAUCAUCUCAAAGUUCAAGAGGAAGUCAGAAGUAAACUAUCUGCACUGGAGGUAUGCCACCAAAAUGAAAUACAGCGAACAGUUUCUGCUUUUGUUCGACUUCAGAAAUACGCAGAAUCAAGAAAAGAGUUAGACAGAAGGCUAGAUGUUCACUUCCAGAGAAAAAUUGCCGAAGUACUCGAUAAACAUUUGUCUAUGGUCCAAAGGGAUCAUGAACAGAAAUCGCAAAUUGUCGAACGUAGAAUAAGAGAUGAUGCUGCUCUUGAAGAAGCUAAAAGAAAGGAGCAAGCCAUGAAGGAUGAAAAAAUAAGGCAGGAAAGAGCCAAACAAGAAGCAGAGGCCAGGCAGAAGGCAGCUGCAAAGUUAGCAGCUGAAGCACAGAAAGCAGCAGCUGAGGCUGCUGCAAAGGAAGCUGCAGAAAAGGAAUAUGCUAAAGUGAGAGAUGCAGCGGCUUCCAGAUCUAGCCAAAAUUCUCAGAGCAAUGUUGCAGCAACGAUGGCAAAAAAGAAUGAAAUUGAGUCUGAAUUACCAGGGAUCAAAGUCUUUGCUGAUAAUUCUGCAUUAGAAGCAGAAUCACGGAGGCGUGCAUUACUUGAUCAAGUGCCAGCCAACAUUAAUUCCAGCAAGGAGUUUAGCAGAUAUGAUAGACAAAUAGCAAAAUCCAUUGGUAAACUAAUGCCGACUACUGACAGUGUCAAAGCAAGGGCUGGUGAGCUUAUUAAAGCUUUAGAUGGACAGGAUUGCCCGCGUCCAAUUGCUUGCCGUAUAUUUGCAAACAAGAUUAUUUCAAUCGUCAAGAGUAGAAAUACAAAGGACAAAACGUUUGGAAAUUUGGCCUUUGCUUGUGGAUAUGUCAUGCUUUUAGUCACCAACCAGGUACCAGAUGCAAUGGAUUAUCUUCUAGCUGAGUUUCACAAAGUUUGCAUAUACACAGUUCCAAAGCAUCUUCAUGCUUUAAAUGCACAAGCACGGAACAGAGAUUAUUACAGACUGAUUGGCUAUCAGGAAGAAAAUGGACAACUUGAGAGCACUGAAAGUUAUUUGACAUAUGUUGCCGCAUACAUCAAACUGUAUGCUGCUAUGAUUCAGACCGAAAUUAGGGGUGUGCGACAUCCACAUGGCUUAGCGGAGGGGUGGAAAUGGCUUGCUAUGUUCCUUAACGCUCUUCCAGCCACCACAGCAACUGCUUGUGCUCUUCAUGCUUUCCUCAAGGUAGCUGGUUUUGCACUACACAAGAAAUAUGGAUCACAGUUCAUGAAGCUUCUGGAUGUAAUAUCACGGUGCUUUUUACCUGCUUUGAAAGAGCAAGGCUCACGAAUUCAGGCUGAGGCUACCAGUAAUCUACAGAAUUACCUGACUGACAAGGUUUACCUUGAGGAACCGGAAGGCCAGUACCUUGCGCAACAGCUGCUAUCUAAAGAGUUGUUCACGUGAAGAUCAGACACCCGAUCAGCAUGGCUGUGGCACAUGCACCGGCCAAGUUUGUCACCGUGGCUAGCAGUGGCUGUUGCCAGAUAAAUGCUUUAUGCGUGCAGGAAGACAUUCUGUCUAGAGAGGAACCUGCACGGCUGCAAGGAUUAACGGGUAUAUGUUGGCAGAGAAAGCCAAAAUCUUCCAGAAGAUUUGUCCCCAGGUCUUCUUUUUUCUCUCUUGGCAACCGAUUUGAAGGUAUAAGUUCCAUGUACUUGGGCUUGGGACAAAAGUACACAACUAGGAUAGGUAGAUGCGACACAAUUUGUUGUAUGCCUGUAUUGAAGGCGAGCCUGUAAUCUGUUUAAAGUGACUUUUAUUCUGGACAGACGUGAUUUACUGAGAAAAGCGACCAGUGGACAUGUGCUGUCAUGUAGAAUUUGCUGUAUGAAUGUCGAUAAACUAAGAGUAUCUCUUGUGGCAACAAUUUAUUCUUCACGAUUUUCUGGUGUAAGGCUAUCCUAAUUUUGCGUAUUGUUUAGAACUACUC